CCUAGCAUAAUGUGCCUGCUCAUGACCUACACGAUGUCCAACAAAUGUUCCUUCACUUCUCACGCGAAUCACGGGCUUAUCUGCACGCACAUACAGCACCCGGUGGUUGAUAAGAAACUUAAACAAGCCUCGUUCUCGAAGGAAGACGAGAAGCUGACGUCAUAACCGCCGAGUGGCUGGGCGGACGGACGACCGCCACGUGGGCCCCGAGAGCUCAGGGGUGGCUCCGAGCAGAUCGCGCGCCAGCUGCCUCCCGUAGCCUCCAGACUCGCUUGCUUGCAACCACGCAGGCCCGUUCUCAUGGUCCCUGAUAAAUACUGCAGUUCGCAGACGUCCGUUGGCAGCUCCUUGUCCUCCAAGAGAGAGAGAGAAAGACUGUAAGACUAUGCGAUCGGAGCGCCAUCUGUCUUUCAGCGGACUAAUUAGAAGGAAGUUACGAAAAGUGUCAUUUUUCGUCUGAUGUGGAUUUGUUUACGACUUGUUUUCAGUGUUUAAAAAUAUUAAAGAAACUUUUACUGACAACUGUUGCAGAGGAGAUAAGCCAACUGUGUUGACCAGCAGAAGAGAGGAACAGAACAAAUAACAAUUACUGUGUUGAUAACAAUAUAAAUAAUAAUAAUAUAAAUAUGAGGACGGUGUGAACCAAGGCUAAGCAUUUUGAAUACAAUACAAAAAAGAUCGAAACAAGUAAUAGAAAGUUUUGUUUCGAAAUGGAAUAAAUUUCUGUGUUAAAAAAUGACUUAUAAUAUGAAUCGAUGAGAUGAUGACUUAUUGUCGCUGGAUUACCUUCGUCGGGGUCGGACCCAAAGACAAACGGAAAUAUUGAUUCGUGGGCUUUUGUCCAGUCGCACGUGAAUUCGAUGUCUAGUUUUCUUCUGCUUUUGCAGAACCGUUGAAUAUGGCAGGGUCCACCAAGUCUGACAACCGGGAUAUCUUGAUUAGUCAAUGAGAUAAGAGAAGAUUACUCGCAAGGAAAAUCCAAGCAAUUUUAACUCGUCCAAGAGGUAGGAUGCUUCGGGAUGAUUCCUCGCGUCGAAGAGCCUGGCAUUGACUACAUGGAGAGAAAUGAUUGAUCAUCUUCUUCAGCGCAGAGUCGUCAAUGGCCUUUAGAACAGAAGAUAGGAUUCAAGGUGAAUCGUAAUCUGCCCAACGGGAUCGUUCUAAAAAUAGCCACACCACCACCACGGACCCCUCGUGCAACGUGCAUAAUCUCGCCUUCGAUCUCAGGUUUGUGACUCUGGCUCAAAGGAUGCAAGUCGAAACAGAGAAAUCAUUACUAAACUGAGUCCAACAUCGCCAAGUAUUGGCUACCCGGGGGAGAACCGAUAACACCCUGUAUUGAUAGUACCCGAAGGAGUUUUGGGCUAAGCGGCACAGGUAAAAAAGCUUUAAGCCAGGUGAUGGUUGAAGGAAUUAGAAAAGAAAUCGACCAUUUCGUGUCCAAGCCUCUUUGUUCUUUGUUUCUUCUUGCUUUAAAAUAUUAAAUCUUCGGACAAGGAUACGACAUGGAUGCUGGUUCUAAUCGUUACAUUCCCACCGAUUUUAACUCUUUGUCUACUACAAAGAAGUAAAGUUUUGGUGCAGAAAUAAAUCAGAGAGAAAAUCUGCCACAGACUAGCUAAAUAUCUUGCUGAUACAGAGGAUAUGGUAUAUGUUUGAUUCACCUUCAACUUGUUUUAUUCCAGGAAGAGUUAACACUUCUUGAGCUCAUCUUAUUAUACGAAUUUAACGGUGAGAUCCAGUAAUACAAAAUAUGUAUUACCUUCAGUAAAAAAGUUAUCGUUCUUCAUCAAAUUAUUGAGGACUGUCCUCACCCUUGCUUACUUUAUCAGCAUCUGAGGAAGACAUAAUUGGACAAAGUAAAAGUAGGAAAAUCGGUCAACAUUUUUGGAACCUCUUCAGCCACAACCAUCUGAAGGCGCCCAAUUUUUUUGGGACAGGAACAAGCAGACAGUGUUCACCUUCAUGCUCUAGACAUCACUAGUAAACAUCACAUAAGCAAACCGAGACUGGAAGCCGUUAUGGGUAUGGGGUCAGACGACGGCAUCGUUAAGACCGAGAUCUUCUUCCUCAAUUACUCCGGCCUUCCAUGGAGCCACCCGGACAGACAGGCCUGGAUGACCACAUCUCCAGAGCCCACCUACGAGGGAGGGGUGGGCGAUUCCGUGCCAGCUGGCUACGUCACCGAAACGGAUGCAGCAGCAGCAGCAGCCGCGUUCGAUCCCUGUGACGUCAGCAACCAGAUCAAUUACCCGGAUGUGACGCAGCUGUCGGGGGUGGUGACGGCGCUGUGCGUGGUCUACUUGCUGGUCAUCUUCCUGGCCGUGUGCGGCAACGCGCUGGUCAUCCUGACAGUGUGGAGGAACAGUCACAUGCACACUGUCACCAACUACUACAUCGUCAACCUGGCCGCCUCCGACUUGCUGGUGUCCGUGCUGGUCAUGCCCUUCAAGCUGCUGGAGUACACCAGCCCCUGUCAGUGGAACAUCUUCGCCAACCCGCUUCUCUGUCCAAUCAUCUCCUACAUCCUCCCAAUCUUCGUCUUCGCCAGCGUGCUGACUCUCGUCGCCAUCUCGCUUGAAAGGUACUACGCUAUCGUCCACCCCCUGUCGGCCAUGAAGUUCAGCAGCAAGUCCAGGACCAAGAAGAUUCUGGCAGCCACGUGGGCCAUACCCGUUAUCUUGGCCUCCCCUUACACCUUCUCCCGCUCAUAUCCAUUCGUCAUCAGCAGCGACAUGGGUUCCGUCUCCAGACAGAUCUGCAACGACAGGUUUGACGAGAUCGACGAACUGAUGUACGGAGCAGGCACCACGGACCGCUUUCGUCGAGGGUUUUUCGUCUUCCUGUUCUUGAUCAUGUACCUCCUUCCCAUGCUCGUCAUCUUAGCCACGUGCGUGCGCAUCGCCGUCUGCCUUCUGCAGCCAAUCGCCGUGCGCCGCUGGCCGCCCGUCUCGCGCAAGGAAACGGGACGACGUCACGAGGAGAACAAGAGAAAGGUGGCUCGAAUGGUCAUCGUCAUCGCCGUGGCCUUCAUCGUGUCGUGGUCGCCUCUCUACCUGUCGUCGCUGGUCACCCAGAUCCAGAGCAUCAGCGGCCAAAGCUUCCUGCGCGAGCGCAACUUCCUCUUCACCAUGCUGACUGUGCACUUGUGCGGCUUCGUCAACAGCUGCAUCAACCCCUUCAUCUACAGCAUGAGCAAGAAGUUUCGCCGCUCCUUCAAGAAGAUUCUGAGUGGUUUUAUCUGCUGCCGGCUCACAAACAGGUUACUGCGCUACCGCGACUCUCUCACGCGCGGCACUUCCGCCGCGUUCACGUCAUCGCUACGUCAUUCCGUAACGGAAGUUCGCAACGCCGACGACCUUGCCCUCAGCGAGGCCGCCUCCUCCGACGGCUCCCACAGCAUCGUUCGUGCCAACAUCGUCGCCAGCGGCAAACCCUCGGGUCGUGGAAGCUCCAACUGCAGUCAUCAUCAGCCUUCUCAUCAACGUCAUCGUCAGCACGGCCAGAAGGAGGAACAGCUCGUGUCGCUGCUGUGCGUGUCUCCGGAGGGCAAGCAGCAGAAGAAGAACGCGCUGAAGGCCUGGAAGGCGGGGGACAAGAAGGCGUGUUCAUCCAACUGA